AUGAGCGUUGUACCACCAGAGAACACUGACAAACUCGAGCACGAGAAGCAGCACGAUGCUGAACUCCGCCAUGAUAAGGAGAUGAUGGAGCAUCGUGAGCAUGCUCACACUGAUGCUGAGAAGAAGCAGACCAAGGAGGAGUUGAUCGCAGCAAGCGGAAGUUCCUCUGAACCCAGCAGCGAAACAACACCGGAGUAUCAAACCAAGACCGUGUGGACACUGAAAACAUUCGUCGCCACGGUUGCUCUCAGCGGGCUCUACGUCGGCUCCCAGAUCCCCCUUUACUUCGUGGGCGGCUCCCUUUCAUUCAUUGCAGCAGAUAUCGGUGGUGCAGAAGCAUCCGCCUGGUUGUCGGUGUCCUACGCCCUUGCUCUCUCUGCCGUUGCCCCCUUCUGCGGCUAUCUACAAGAUCUCCUAGGCCGGCGAAACAUAACCCUCGGUGGCGGGGUCUCGUUGAUGAUGGGGUGUGUCAUCCUGGGCACUGCCCAUAGAUUUGGGCAAGGGAUUGUCGGCAUGUCAUUUGCUGGCGCUGGCGCCGCAAUUGGAGAAUUGACUGCUUUGGCUGGGACUUCUGAGCUAGUACCUGUUAACCAGCGAGGAACAUAUCUUGCCCUAGUUACACUCUUUGUGCUACCAUUCACUCCUUAUUUGAUGUACGCGCAGCUCCUAUCGACUUACCAUACCUGGCGAUGGGGCAUGUGGAUCUGCUUGAUCUGGAAUGCUUUCUGGUGGAUAAUAUUACUCAUCGUGUACUUCCCAGAGUCUCAGACAAGAGCAAAGGGCAUGGCAGCCAGAGCUAUCCUGAAGAGGAUCGACUACAUUGGCGGAGUCUUAUCCAUCAUGGGGUUGACUCUUGUAUUGGUCGCCCUCCAAGCCGGAGGCUACUCCCACCCCUGGAAGAGCGCUUUUGUCAUUGCCCAACUGAUCAUUGGCAUCGCCCUCAUUGCCGCUUUCGUGGUUUGGGAAUGGAAGUUCUGCAAGGACCCUAUGGUGCCUCACGAGAUGUUUUCGGGACAAAGAAUCGUGGGUAUGGCGUAUGGAAUCGCAUUUAUCGCAGGCAUGAAUUUCUAUGCCAUGCUUAAUUUCUUCCCUUUGGUGUACAGCACGGUCUUUGAUCCUGAUCCGGUCCAUGUUGGUCUCCGAGGUCUCGCUCCCGGGUUAUCCACCACGUUCGGCGCCGUGAUUGCCAACGCCGCGUUGUCUUGGUUCAAAGGACAUAACCGAGAGAUCCUUCUAGGAGGGUGUAUUCUGAUGACGGCAUUCGGGGGUUCCUUGACGGCCAUCACUCCCGAUCGCGAGGGCCUCGCAAUCGGGCUAGGAACAGUUACCGGCUUCGGCGUCGGCUCUGUUCUUGUCCCGGCAGCCACCGUUGCCAUCACAGUCACACCAGACACAUCGAUCGCCACUUGCGUCGCGCUCUCGCUCACAAUCCGCGCCGUGGGCGGGAGCAUCGGAUACGCCAUCUACUAUAAUGUAUUCAUCAACAAACUCACGCCCAACCUCCCCAAGUAUAUCGGCCAAUACGCCGUCGCUGCGGGGCUCCCACUUUCAUCUGCCACCGAGUUUGUCGAGACGUACUUGACCGCGCCCACCAACCUCACGAGCGUCCCCGGCGUCACUGCCAAAAUCAUCGAGGCCGGCACCAUCGGGUCCCGGUGGGCAUAUGCCGAGUCGCUCAAGUACGUGUGGCUGACGAGCAUUUCGUUCGGCGGCUGCGCCAUCAUUGCGUGCCUGUUCAUCGGUAAUAUUGGGAAGUACAUGACCAACCGAGUCGCAGCGCGGAUCAGGGAGUAA